UCAUGCGCAUGCGCAGAUUUGACGUGCUUCUCUUUUAGCUAACUAGCUGAUUCAUUUCGUGGAAACCAUCAUACUGUUUGAUUGUCUUUCUACACGAUGGCUGCAAGAUAUGACAGAGCUAUUACUGUCUUUUCUCCGGACGGUCAUCUCUUUCAAGUAGAAUAUGCACAAGAAGCCGUAAAGAAAGGUUCCACUGCGGUGGGAAUCAGAGGCAAAGACAUUGUUGUUCUCGGAGUGGAAAAGAAAUCUGUUGCAAAGCUGCAGGAGGAAAGAACUGUCCGCAAGAUUUGUGCGCUGGAUGAACACGUCUGUAUGGCAUUCGCAGGUCUGACAGCAGAUGCACGUAUCGUGAUCAACAGAGCUCGGGUUGAAUGUCAGAGUCACAGACUAACAGUUGAGGAUCCAGUCACAGUGGAAUACAUCACACGAUACAUCGCAACACUGAAACAGCGUUACACCCAAAGCAACGGGCGCAGACCGUUUGGAAUCUCCGCAUUAAUUGUUGGCUUUGACUAUGAUGGCACCCCCAGGCUGUACCAGACAGACCCAUCAGGAACCUACCACGCCUGGAAGGCCAACGCAAUUGGCCGCAGCGCAAAAACGGUGAGAGAAUUCCUGGAGAAGAAUUACACAGACGAAGCCAUAGCUGGAGAUAAUGAGGCAAUCAAGUUGGCCAUCAAAGCUUUGCUUGAGGUCGUCCAGUCAGGAGGAAAGAACAUUGAGCUCGCUGUAAUCCGGCGAAAUCAACCACUAAAGAUUUUGGAGUCAAAGGAAAUCGAGACGCUGGUGUCUGAAAUAGAGAAAGAAAAGGAGGAAGAGGCAGAGAAGAAGAAGCAGAAGAAAUCCACUUGAAACACUCGACAGAUUUUGGUCCUCUUUGUCACUUGGAUGGAAAACCAUAUUUGGCUUCCAAAUGUCAGUUUCAGAGGGUCUAUUCAUAAAUGUCACUGUAAAAACCUGAAUCAGAACUUGCUGCAGUUUUCAAAGAUUUUUUUGGGUCAUGCUUUACCAGCUACAAAGAAAAAGCCAAUAAACAGAAGUUAAGUCAAGUUAAGAUGUAGGUGUUUUCAACCCAAAUAAUCAAUAAAGGUGGACUUGUUUGUA